CUCUCUACUUAAAUAAAUAGGUAACACUGAAGUUCAUUUAAAAAUUUCACAAAUAAAUCAAAAUUCGAAAUUAAUAAUUCCACGAUGGCCCUGAACUUUAGCGCCCAGCAGUUCCAGGGAAGGUUCGAUGCGAAGCGCCUCAACAAUUGGGAGUACAAGCGAUUCGCCGCCCCCCGCCCACGAGGACUCAAGAAGAACGCCAAGCCCUUGGCCGAUCGGAGGGGACACCUGCUGCCCGGAGUUAAAAGGGAGGGCAACUCCUUUGGCCAGUACCGAGGCACCUACGAGCUGCCGCUGCGGAUCACGCGCAGCUUCUGCGCCCACUACGAUGCCUGCCUGAGUGGGCGGUACAAGUUCGCCGGAUAUCCGCGCGACCUCUGCAGCUGCCAGCGGGAGAACCGGCGGGCGUUGGCCUGCGACCAGCGGACGACCUUGGGCGACCCGGGCGAUCCCCAGUGGCAGCGGCCCAAGUGCCAGACGAAGUGCGAGGGCCUCGAGCAGCUCAAGCAGCUCUACGAGCGGAGUCAGCGCUGCAAGCGCGCCAAGUGCGAAGUGGUGAUCGAGAAGACGGUGAGAAUGCCACCGAAGGCUUCGAAGGUGGCCAACGUGGCCACCGAUAAAAGGCGUCGCAGGCGAACGGUGACCGCAUUUCCCAAGAGUCGUCCCACGAUGCACGCCAAUGAGUCGAUGGUCUCCUAUGAGAAUCGCCACAAGCCGAAUCCACCUGCCGAGAAGGUUACUGCCACGAGUGCAGGGAAACCAGGGAACAAGGAAAAGCAAAAGGAUAAGGAGAAGACCAAGGAGAAGAAGAAGAGCAAGGAGAAGGGAAAGGACAAGGCCAAGGACAAGGGCAAGGACAAGUAGAAGGAUAAGGAACGCAAGGGAUCGAAGUGCCAUACGUAAAUGUCCUCUAAAACUUGAGAAAAUAAAUUUACCUUUGGCUACGUUUUGAAUGAUGAAUAAUAAUAACAAAUAUUCUAGCACAUUAAAUAGAAUUACUAAGCACUA